CAACCACAGAAGACAGACAGACAGACGUCUGAUUUCUGAAGUAUGUGAGCUAUCAAAAUGGAGGCUGUUUAUCUAUAGUGAAUGUAGUAAUUGGGAUUAAUACAGUGAUUACUCAUUUAAGAAUCAAGAUUUCAUUCCUAGAAACAGUUUAGGGCUUUGUUAUUUAUUUAAAAAGUGUAUGGUUCUAAUUUAUUCGGGCAUUACUUGUAAAAUGCAGCUGGAAGACGUGUCACAAAAAGGAGGAAGGGAUAGGUUGACAUAGGCCUACUCCACUUAUUGAAAGUAGUAUGGUUAAUAAUGUAGACCGUUGUAAAUUUACAAUAUUUAUUGGCCUAAAUAUUUGUCAUCAAUUAGUUGAGUAGUGAGACAAAGAACAUAAUAUCUGUGAUUUAUAUCUGAUGUUAUUUGCUCGACAUAACACUCCCAAAAUGAAGAAACUACUUUCAAAGAUUGAGACUAAAAUAGAUAAUACAGCAAAAGAACCUAACAGUUAUGUUGGAAAAGCAUUCACUGUUGGAAGAAUGACUGUAACAGUUGAAGAAGUCUUGGCUGAGGGUGGUUUCGCCGUUGUAUUUCUUGUAAAGGGGGAGAAAAAUAAGAAGUUUGCUUUGAAGCGCAUGUAUGUCAACAACGACCAUGACUUGAAUAUAGCCAAAAGAGAGAUACAGAUAGCUAGUAAUUUGAGUGGACACAAAAACAUAAUAGGUUAUGUAGAUUCUAGCAUAACGCAUACAGGGAAUGGAGUCUAUGAAGUCCUACUUUUGAUGCCUUACUGCAAAUGUCAUGUGCUUCAAAUGAUGAACUCCAGGUUGCAAUCGGGUUUCAGUGAAGUAGAAGUGCUAAAUAUAUUCUGUGAUAUUUGUGAAGCUGUGUCAAGAUUGCACCAUUGUCAGACUCCUAUUCUGCAUCGUGAUCUAAAGGUGGAAAAUAUCCUGAAAAGUGAGUCAGGUAGCUAUGUUCUCUGUGAUUUCGGAUCAGCGACUGCAAAAGUGCUCAGUGUGAACACACAGAGCGCCUCGGCAGUUGAAGAGGAAAUCCAAAAGUAUACUACGCUUUCCUAUAGAGCCCCUGAAAUGAUCGAUAUUUAUUCAGGGCGACCGAUAACAACAAAGGCAGAUAUUUGGGCUUUGGGGUGCCUUCUUUACAAACUCUGUUUCUUCUCGUUACCUUUCGGAGAGAGCUCACUGGCUAUACAAAGUGGACAAUUCACGAUUCCCGACAACUCCAAGUACUCCAAGAAUAUGCAUUGUUUGAUUAGAUACAUGUUGGAACCAGAUCCAGAUAAGAGGCCUGAUAUAUUUCAAGUGUCGUACGUUGCUUUCUCCAUACUAGGAAAAGACUGUCCUGUACAGAACUUACAUAAAAGCCCAACCCCAGCACUGGAGCAGUUGGCAGCGCCGCUGUUGGAGAGUGAAGCGCUGAAGCGCAACGCAGUGGUGAAGGCGGUGGUGAAGCCAGCCGUAGCAGCGCCCCCCGUGGCAGUGGAGGGUACGAGCGUUACUCCCCGCCAACGACCCAAGCCCCUGGUGGCAGGGGGAAUUCCGCCCCCCAUCGGCGCCUCUCCCACCCCGAAGCGACCCCCUCCGCCUCCCGCCACCAGCUCACCCCCUCCCAACACCCCUCACUUUCCUCCACCCCAACCGUUUCCCCGCACUCCGCAGGUGACUAAAAAUAGUAGCAUCGAUUCUUCGGAAUCACUCUUUCCUCCGUCGGGCUACCCAGAUCCGUUCCGAGAAGAGGCGGCAGGGACGGUGGAGGGGGGCGGUUCGAAGCCGCCUUCGCAGUCAGUGUCACACUGCAACAUUCCGCCAUCGGGGGCGGCAGGGGAGUCCCCUCCCGCCUCUCCCUCGUCGCUAGCCACGCCCAAAGCCAAUCAUCGACGCAACGUCAGCGAUACCUCUGCAUUCAACAAAGUAUUCGCCAAUGAAACUAGUCAGUUCCUGGCGCCUUACGAAGCGUCAGUGAAGUCGAGAUCGGGAUCGAGUUCUCCACCAGAGUGCAGCGUUGAGGAAGCAGUCACCGCCGACCAAACCGAUCGGGUGUUAGGAGUCUCCACGUCACACAACGAGCUGUCAGUGAGCGGUGGCGGUGGGGCAGCGGGGGAAGGCCGGAGCAUUUCGGCUGCAGGGCCGACCGGCUGGAAUCCCUUUGAAGAGCCUUCGUCGACCGCAUUCACUCACAUCACCGAGGACAACUUUUUCGGCGCCGAAUUCGAUAAAAUUCAACGUGGUAGUCAAAGCAGCAUUUCAAAUGUGAAAAGCAGGGAAAGUCUUGUUAUGGCGUUCUCGGACAUGACAACUGCAGCUGAUGAUCCUUUUAUAUCUGCUCCAUUCACUCAUCCAGCUUCAAAACAAGAAUCAAAGAGUGUGAAGCCAAAUUCGUUCUUGAAGAGUACUGUGUCAUCAAAUGGAGGUACUCUUGAAAGGAACAGCUUCCGUGGCGAAGACUGGAGACAGUACAUUUCGAGCAGCGACAACGGGACACUGAGAAGAGAGAGAGAGAACGAGUCUGAGACGAGUGCCACUGAGGCUCCUCUGUUACCUACCAGCAAUGGCUCUCCUCCGUUUGUCAAGGCACCUCUUGAAGAUCGAUCCAAGUACGAGAAGCUUACCUACAACCUCGAAGAUAUUUCUUCCGAUGAAAGCGAUACGAAUAAUUUCGGGAGCAACAUCAAGGAAACCGAUCAGAACAAGAAGUUGUCGAGAUCACGAAAAGUUUUGAAGACUGCUCGUCCCAAGCUGUUGAAGUCGAAGAAGAAGUCGAUGAAGAACAAGAAUGAGGAGGUAAGUGGUGAGAUGUCGGACGACUCGAUCGGCUCUGCAAGCGACCUGCGAGCUCGCGACGAAGAAGAGGAGGAAGAAGAAGAGGGCGGUGAGAGACGGAGAGAGGGAGAAACAGAGACAAUCAAUGACAGUGUGCUGACUUGCGGGUCGUCAGCCUACCACGCUGAAACCGAAAGCAUGGCCCGGGAGGAGUCAUUCAUGAAAGUGCCCAAGAUACCCGAGCUUCCCGAGAAGGACGACUUACUAUUCGUUGGGCACUCGUAUGGCGAGAAGCCGCUGCUGGCUGAUGAUGAGUUGGACAUUGAGGAGGAAACGCCUCCUUCCCCUCCACUCCUCAUCGACAUGGAAGAAGACGAGUCCAAUCUCACCAAAGACGUGUUUGCGAUGGCACCUUUCAACCGAACAGAUCAAAAGAAACGACCGAGGCGAGCCACCAAUACCGAACAGGUGGCAUCCGAACUCAGCCGACCGCUCUCUGAAUCAUUCCUGCCCAUGUCCACACCUUCACCUCCCCUCCUAGUCGCCAUAUCCCCUGUGCAGGAAGGCUCUCUCCUCAAUCUAAGUCAAAUAGAACCAAUUAAACAGCCCGACAUACUUGAGAAUCAUGUAGUCAACGAUUUCCCGCCUUUUGAUGACAAUAAAGCACACAUGUUUCAGCCUUUUGUAGAGAAAAAUGAAUCGAUCGAUUUGUUUGGCUCGUCGCCUUUCAACAAAGUUGCUGCAUCGAAUCCGUUCACAAGUCCUGACGAUCACUUGAACGCCACUGACCAAGUACUGCACAGGACUACGAUUACGAUUGGUGGACCCAGUUUCAAACCUACCAAAGAAACAAAAUCCGAUUUUGUUACUGAUCCACCAACCAACACCGUAUUUGUAUCGAAUAACUACGAAAAUGUAACUCAUAACAACCACUUUGCAAAUCAAGACUUGUUUGGCGCAGUGCCUUUCAACGUUCUACCUCAGAGUAAGGCUGAGCCGGUUGUACCAGCCUUCUUCCAACGGGUGUCGAGUGUUGCCAAGCAUCGUUCUGUUGAGCUGAGUGCAGAUGUAGCAGCCGAACACCUGACGGAUGCGUCGGCGUCACAAUACAUGGCUCAGCCCGACUGCUCGUCGCCAGAGGCGUUGAUUCUGUCCAACGAAUCGGACGACGCGGCGCCCAAACCGAAGAAGGACCACUUCCUCAAGACACACAACUCGCUCGACAAGAACAAGUACGUAUUGAUAGGUGACUCGCGACCGGCGGUUGUUCUGGGCAAGGCACGGCCAGCGAAAACGUCCUCCAGUGCUAAGAAGGUUGGCAAGGCAUCGAAAAAAUCUGGCAAAGUUACGACUACAGCUGGUUUCAGUAAUAUGAGCUUCGAAGACUUUCCGAGCGACCCGGAUAACGGACAGGAUGCGAGCAGUUUCGUGCCGUUCGAGGUGCUGAGAGACGAGAAAGCGGCGGCAGCGGGAGGGGCGGGGGCAGUGGGAAUGACAGAGUCGGCGGGUGAGUGGCGGUUUGGCGGCUCUCUCAAACGGUGCAGCAAUCCUUUUUCCUGAGUAAAUGGUGGCCGCCGCAUAUAUCGUGCGCUGCAGGCUGACUAAAUGUAGCAUUUAUUUUAGUUGCCUGAAAGGCGAGGUGAAGAUACGUUCACACUUGUAUACAAGUAUGCGAUAUUUCUCAUAUUGAAGAGAUGAGUUAUUCCGAAUUUCUCAUUCAGAAAUUAAAAUUAAUAUACAGUAAUAGGUCACAUUUCUAUACAUUUUUGUAUGCAUUUCAGCAUACAGUAAGGUCCAGUUGUACUUUGAUCUAUUAAAUUGAACCGCCAUAAAGUGAUGUAAUUAUUCCAAGCUAUCCAUAUUGGCUAUCCUGGCAUUGUCUUAGUUAUGUCAUCACUUGACGGCAGUUUAAUGCAGUAGUACGUGAAACUGGGCCAUAGUGUGUUAGUCUGUAUUUGAUAUUUCUCGUAUUGUCAAGUAUCAGAAAUCCUUUCUUUCAAGUCAAACAAGGGAGAAUGGCAACGUCGCACAUGCAGAUUUAGUCAACUUGUCAGUUCAAAUUGGAAGAAAAGGAAAUCCAGGUGCACUAAGUUUGGUAGUUUUUCAGCAUAUUUUGUUUGAUCGUACUUGUAUCUUAUAAAAACUUGUUUUGCGUGUAUAUAAGUGUGAACGUAUCCCAUUCAAGGCUGUUACUCCGCGACACAUUCAAUCAUCAGUCACCAUAUAUUAGGCUUAAAUUAAUUGUUUUUGUUGUCCAAAGUAUAUACAUUAUUAACUACUAUUUAUUGCUUUUUGUUGUUAGGUUUAUAAUUCUUAGUAAUUGUAGAAUAUUUAUUGAAACAACUAUUGUAAAGUAAUAACUAUUGUAGAUGCGUUAAUUUUAUAAGCGUAUAUAAAUCAGUAUUUUUACUUACAUAAAAAUCGAAGCAAACUCUAGUAAGUAGCCUACUACUGUGUGGAACUUGUACCAGUAUUUCUAAGUGUUGAUUUUCAUUCCAUUCCCACGUAGGUUGUAUUUUUAUAUUUUUAAAAAUCCUGAGCAAUAGGCUCGAUAAAGGGUUGUCAAAGUGUAGAUUAUAUUUUAGAAUAUAGUACGAUAGUACCCAAUUCUAAAUAAUAAUUCCCAUAGGUUAUCAGUGUCUAUUAUCAGUGUAGAUUCAUUCUAAAAUAUUUCAUUUCCAGGUACAGUAUCACUCUUUUCUAUUUUUUUUUUCAUUUGUUGUAAAUUUAAUUUUUUAUUCAAAAAUAACACUUGCAAGUUUCCACUCUCAAAAAUAGUGUUCAACAAUAACAUUUUAUUACCUAUUACAUGAAAUGAUUUCCUCUAUUCACUGUGAUGUUUUGAAGUCACUCUUCCCGUAAUGCAUUUAGUGAGUGAGUUAAUUCUUUAUUUCCAACCACAAAAUGAUAAAUGAUUCCUCCUCAUUCAUUUCCGUUUAAAAAACCUUAUUUCCAUCCAUUAUCAACUGAAUUCUUCUAAUAAGAGAACAGGACAUUAUUGGAAAACUUCCAUUGGCAUAAAACUUGUGUUAUGAAAGAACAUAAUUGGUUCAAAAUAACAAUAAUAGAAGUAUAAAAUCUAUUCAUAUGGAAAAGUUCACUGGCUUGAUAAAAUAAUUUUUUAAUAUUAUUUUUCCAAUUAUUAUCUCAUUGUUUGUCUUGUUCCUGAUAAUGGUUAUCUGGUGAAGAUGAUGCCCACAUAAAUCCCAGGCUUAUCCGUGGGUGAAUGCUGAUAAUGUUCUGGUAAAUUGCAUUUUUCUAAGUUUCUCAAUAAAUUAUAAUAGAAUACAAUUUUUUGUUAGAAUGAGCUGAAGCAGCUCUGGUCAAUUACAAUAUCAGUUAUUAA